CAGCUUUUUGUUGAAAAACUACUAGAAUCUAUCUACCGUAGAUGGCUCGUAAAGCUAAUUUGACGGUGAUUUUGUACUUAGUAAAGUAUGAUUAAAAUGCAAAGACGAAUUUAUUUUCUAAAACAAAAUACCCGCGCUAUUCGUUUCGCACGCGGCAUAGGGCCUCGCAAUCUGUUGGACCGGCCCUGCUCAGCUGCUGGCAUGACUAGAAGAAAAACUACAUCUAGCUAACUUAGUGAUGCGCAUUGAAAAGACUUUCGUUGCAUAUAACUACACAUAUGAUGGAUGCUAAGUAAAAUUAUAUAAGAAUUCGAAACAUUUAAUUUUUAUUCAGUACUUUUGUGUUUGAGUUUUUAAAAAGUGUCCUUGUGGGUUCCUGAAGGUCAUUGGUUCAUUGAACCCCUUCGCGCAAUGAAAACUACGCACUGCUUAGGACUUUGUAUUCACGUGAAGUACUGCAUAAUGCAAGACUUUUUAUUAUACAGAUGAGACCUGCUCGUCAACUGAAAGUUAUAACAUCACAACUGGAAGUUUUGGAAGAAAUGAAAAAUGAGUUUGAAAACCUACUUGCUAAUAUCAAUUAUAUCUUGCAGAAAGGAUUCAUAUGGAUAGAUGAUGAGAGCAAUGAACUAAGUUUCAUGGAAUUGAAUCAGUUACUUGCAAAUGGAACUUCAGAAUGUUUAGGCAAAUGUAUUAUUAUUGCAAAUGGAAGUGAAGAAUCAUCUCCUCAAAAUCUCAGAAAACAAACAGAAAGGGAAGAAGUUGUGUUAUUAUCUGCUUCCUGCUCAAGUUCCCAUAUCAAAGAUGAUAAAGAUUUACAGAAAAUUAAGGAAGACAUAUCAGAAAUAGAAAAGUCACAUUUAAAAAAAUAUAAGCUAAUAAAUCAAAAGUUGGCAAGCCUUGAAAAACAAACAACAGAAACAAUUCUAAAGGAUAUAGACACAAGAAACAAUUUAAAAUUUGAAGAGAUUAUGAAAGAGCUUCAUUCAGCCAGUGACUUUAUGUCACAUCUACAAUCUCAGAAUGAAAUUCUAGCUAAUUCAGUGAAGGAGAAAACUGAACAAAUAAAUGACAUGCAACAAACAUUGAAUGAAAUUAAAGCACAAAGUGUAACCAAUUCUAGCAAUCUUAAUUCAGCUGAUACUCAACCUUAUGAAUUUAGUGAAAAGCUUUCAGAUAACAGCAAUAUGAUUCAAUCAUUGCAAUCCCAGAGUGAUUCUAUAUCAACAAAAAUGAAUGCUAUGGAAAGCAACUGUUACAAUAUAACCACAGAAGUAGAUUCAUUAAAGAGAAGUGUUAGUGAGCUUGUUGAUGCUGCUUCCAAAAUAAGGCUUUCUAUGGAGCAAACUUUCAAUGAUCAAGAUACAAAAAUAGAUGCAUUGCAGACAAAGUUCUAUGAUUAUAAAAGUGAGCCGGAGGAAACACUAAGUAAAGAUGAUGAUAGCUCUUUAGAUGAUGAGGCUGUAGGCUUUGACGCUCGUGUUCCUUUGGAUUCAUCAAGGUUUGAUUUAGUGGAGGAUGAAAUAUUAACAUGUUUCACUUCAGUGACUGAAGAUGUACUAGAGAACUUUGAUACAGAAACUGGAAUUUUCAACAUACCAUGUGAUGGUUUAUAUCUUUGUGGUCUAUUUAUUGAUAUAAUUACAUUUGUCCAGCAUGAUUUAGAGUUUGGCAUUUAUGUCAGGGAAAGUGAUGGUAGUGAGAUUGUUGUAGGUCAUUGUCACUGUAAACAGAGAGAUAUCACUGUCAGUGAAAUUGUCAUUAGGCAGCUAAAAGAAAAUGAUAAAGUCUUUGUUAAGUCAUGCAAAAACCAUAAAAAGAUUCAAUUUAGCAAUUUUUCCCAUUUCCUGUGUGCACUAAUCAAAGACCAAUAGCACAUAAAGGUAAUAUGAAAUGCAUAAUCAAUUCAAGAACUUUAUUGUAAGUGUUGAUAUAAUUUUAGCUGAUUCAUAAAUGCUUGUCGGAUCAACAAUAAUGUGUAAGUAAUUGAUUUUAUUUAUCUAUAAUUCUACUAACUUUUUUUUUAUUAUUACAGAUUUUUUGCUUAUUAUCAAAGCCCUUUUAAAAAUCAUCAAUAUUAGUUGAGUUUCAUAUGACCUAAAUUUCCUAAAGCCAUGUUGGUAUGUAGUAAGGACCUUAUGUUUAUCCAAGUGAUUAAGCCAUGUUGGUAUGUUGUAAGGACCUUAUGUUUAUCUAAGUGAUUAAGCCAUGUUGGUAUGUAGUAAGGACCUUAUGUUUAUCCAAGUGAUUAAGCCAUGUUGGUUUGUAGUAAGGACCUUAUGUUUAUCUAAGUGAUUCAUUCACCCCAAUCGCCACUAUGAUCCUGUUUUGAAUUUCCUCAUUUGUGCUGUUGUCUUUGUAAAUGAUACCCAAGAUCCUUAUAUAGCAUCUCACAUUCAUGGUUAGGAUCCUGCCUAUAAUUCAGCAGUAAUCAUCCAAGACUCAUAAGAAUAGAAGAAUGUCGACAUCAUUCUUUAAUUCCGAGGGAUAUGCCUUUUGUAUUUCCAGGUCAUUUUGAGCUUUGCAAGUGCUGCUGUGGACUGUUUAAUUCUAGCAAGUAUUUCAGGUUUGGUUCCUUCGCUUGAAACAAUAGCUCAGAAGUAAUUAAAACUUCUGACAUUUACCAGCUUUUUACCUCCAAAACUGAUGUUUAUUAUAAAGCUGUUCGCUAUUGGUCAUAGUAUAUAUUUUUAAACAUUGAUUUUCAUGCCAUAUGCUGAGUAUGUCUUCUUUAUGUGCAUUUCCAAGUCAUCUAGUUCUUCCUUUGUCCCUGCCAGACAAUCUAUAUGUCAUCAGCAAAGCACAAGUUACUAAUUCUUCUUCCACCAAUGUUUAUAUUAACUUCAUAAUCUUCAAGAUCAUCCUCAACCUAUCAAACCCUGUCUAAAACAGGCUUGAUCAGAGAUGUUACUUUAUGGAUGACUUAAUAGUUGAAACUACCAAAAAUGAUAUUUUGAAAAUAUUUUCAGCUUUCUUAGACAGUACCCACACUAACAUGGUCAAAGCUUGAUUUAUUGCCAAUUGGUCAAUAUUUCCUGUUGGCUUACCAAUCUGAGUUUGCCCUUUAUCUUUUUUUUUUUUUAAUGAAAUUAUUGAAAAAUACUUAUAUAUAUUUUUUUCGAUUUUGCUGGUAGUUUCAUAGUAGUCAAUAGGAAUGUAGUGAACUCUAAGAGGGGCACAUAAUCCUGGGUGGUAAUGCAGGACCAGAUAACAAUACUGGCUUGAUAGCUCUUUUUUAUUUCUUAAUAGCUGGAUAGCCAAAGUGGAUAUUUGACUGCUACCUUGUUGCUGCUGGGCUAUCAAGCCUGGUUGUGGUUUGAGCCCUCCUCAAGGCAAGUCUAUGUUUUACCAUAUUUUUUUUCUUCUCCCAGUAAUUUGGCACCUUUGUAGUUAUAUGUUGUCAUGUUUAUUCAUGGUUUAUAAAUUGUAGAUCUAUUUAGUGGAAGUUGUGCCUAGACCAAGUCCUUCAAUAGGUUAGGACUUGGAUGUAAUGUUUGAUUUUAGAGUUGCAUUUAGUUUUUUUUGUGACAUGUGCUUUAGCUACAGACAGUUAAACAAAUGAUUUUAAAAAAGUGAAUGGGGUCAGGUGAUGUAAAUUUAAUGUUCUGUGACCGAUGUUUUGGAAAGGUGUCAUCUAGUCAACACAAUGGCCAACCGCUUUAAUGUUUAUAGCAUAUAUAAAUUUGCUAUUUAUCUUUUGCAUCAUUAAUUUGAAGUACACAUUUGUAUUUUACCAUACUUGUACUUAUACAUACAAUAAAGACAUAAAGAUUUUAUAUAUGUACUCUUUUACAUCAUUUUAAAAGAGAUUUUAUGUUGCAUAUACCAAUUUUGUAGAAUGGCAUUUAUGCUUAUAACAAUUGUAAUGUGUUAUAAAACUUUUAUAAGUUAUUUAUAGGUAUAAUUUAUAAAUGUUCCUUUAUCUCUGUGUCUUUCUGAGUAUUGUAUUAUAUAGUGUAAAAUUAUAGUUAAGUACCGGGUAUUUUAUGUAUCAUUACUACUUUACUUCUAGUUUUCUGUCCUGGCAUGUUUCUUAGUUUACUAAUGGUGUUACUCUAGUCAAAACGUCAAUUAGUGUUUGUUAUAAGCCUCAUGGCUCUAUUUUUUAUGUUUUCUUCGGUUGAAGGGAUACACAUUCUAAUAGUCUAUCCAAGGUUAAAUAGCUGUUCAAGUUAAUGUUCUUUUUGGUUUGUUAACUCUUUCUCUCCGUAAUUAUUUACCACAACACUGGUAUCGUCAGUUAGGAGAGAAAGAGUUAAUACAAAUUUUUAAUCAACCCUAAUGCUUUGUUGUUUUUUUUAAUACUCACAUACAUUCCCGAUAUCAUUCAAUAUAUUAUCUAUGUAUUUUGACUUUUUAGUCUGUAAUUUGUAUAUCAUGAAUAUAUCUUAUUUUAAUUUUUACAAAUCUGUCAAAAUUUAUCAACAUAUUUUACUCACUCUUCAUAUACCAAUUUUGUCAUUGUUACACAUUUUAUUGAUGUCAUUCAGGUCAAAAUAUUUUUAAAAUGUCUAUUUCACUAUAAUAAUAUGAAGGUAUGAAUUGGUUUAUAGUCAAACAGGAAAUGCAAAUAUGGCAUUAAGUGACACAAAAACACAUCUGUGAUGAAAAUAGAAAGUUAUUAUAAAGCUUAUAUCAACUCACUCAGUCUGGUAAAAAGUUUGGGUGUAAGAGAAAUAACCUGUACAAUCUCAGAUCAAGCGGAAAUUUUGCACAAUUAUUUCUUGUACAUGCCAACACAAGAAUCAGGUAUUCCUUCUUUCUCCCCUUCCCCCUUCCCAACUGGUCCAGACAAGUGAUAGGAUCAUAGCCUAAUGAGAAAGCUAAAAGCAUGAAAUUGUGCUAAGCAAAAACAGUUGGUGAAAAUAUUUCUAAUUGCACAGAUUUUUUGGUAGUCAAGAUCUACUAUUUAUUUUAUAGUCACUUUGGGAGAUCAUUCUGUGAAUAACCACAAAACAUCUGAUUUGCUUAGUGUUUCAAUUUUUUUUAGCACAAUCUAAUAACUUAUAAAAAAAAUAAUGCAUUAGAAAAUUUCCAAGAAAUUCUUGUACUUAAUUAUUUUAUGUAACCAAGAUGAUUAUUAUAAAAAUAACAAUAA